UAGGCACCAGGCCAGAGCCAAGAGGCAGGAACGCAAACCACGUCUCACACCUGGGUGACAGGGACCCAAGUAGGUGAGCCACCAGCUGCUGCCUCCCAGCCGGAUGGGAAGCAGAGCUGGGACUGGAACCCAGGCACCCAGCCGACCUGAGUGGUUUCCCGAAGCCGCUACAGUCUUCCCAGCACUGGGACCCACAGAGCCAACGUCAAGCCACAGACCUAGAGCAUGCUGGUGGCGGCUCAGGGACGUGAGUGUCCCCGUGCCUCUGAGCCGCUUGCGGCCUCUAGAGUGGCCCGGUUUUUGUUCUGAGUCCAAGCCUUGCUGUCCUCUGCCCUGAGAUGGCCUGUUUCUGAGGCCUGGGCAGGCCGGCCGUCUCGCCCCUUCCCGAAGCUGAACAGGGAUUUGCCCCCUUGUGAGCCAGCCGCCCCCUCCCUCACCCCUGCCUCCUGGGUGGGGCGCUAAUAGCUCAACAGCGGCUUCUGAUUGGCUGGGACUUGGCCUGGAGCCCCCUCCUCCCCUCCCGACGUCCCGGGCUGGGCGAGGGGAUGGAGGCUGAGCGCUCCUCGUGGGGUCUCAGAGCUCCGUUCCGGGCUGGACAGAGCUCCCCUGGGGUGUGAGGCUGGUGCGGGGGUGCCUCGGGCCGGCCGGGCCGGGGUGAUGCCGGCGCCCGUGGGGCUUCUGGCUCUGGUCCUGCUUGGGACGAUGGCAGGACGGACUUCGGGGAAAACUGAAGAUUCGUCGCGGGGACAGGCGGCCUCCUGCAUGACAGGGUGUGCUGGGUCUGCUGGACCCCACCUCCCCGUGGGCACCAGAUACGUCUAUGGCUUUGCCACCAACACCAGCACUGGCCUGCAGGGGGCCCCCGUGGAGGGCAGUGGACUUGGUCUCCAAGGCCUGGCGGAGAUUGAUGUGCUUGGCCCAUGCCAGAUGCUUCUACGGCUCCGGGACUUCCGGGUGACGUCCAUCCUGGGGUCCGAAGCGCAGCUUCUGCAGGACUCGCAGAGUUUGGGUGCUACCCUGGGCCACCACCCGCUGCGCUUUGUCCUGCGUGCUGGGCGCGUGGCCCACCUGUGUCCCCAUCGAGACGAGCCACGCUGGGCACUGAAUGUGAAGCGGGCACUGCUGAGUGUCCUGCAGAGCCACCCAGGUGCCCACGGCCCCGAGACCCUGGAGGAGGUGGAUGUCCUGGGCCGGUGUCCCACCACGUACCAGCGCCAUGGGCACCUGCUCCUCAAGACCAAGGACCUGGCUCGGUGUUCCCUGCGCAGGGUGCGCGCCUCCCUGGCUUCCCAGGCUGUGCCGGGAGGGCAGCCCGGCCUGGCCUCCAGCCUCAGCUGCCUCCAGAGCUUCCAGGCGGGCGUCCUGCAGGAGGCGUCCUGCGAGGAGCUGCACUCCGUGGCGCCGCUCUCCGAGAGGGCGGCCGGGGUGCACACCCGCACCCUGUCCUCACUGGUCCUGCUGAGCCAGGCGCCCCGCGAUCCGGCCGCCCCAGAUGCAGAUGACGCAGACGGUGGGCACGGGACCCCACGCAGCCUGCUGUAUGAGUGGGAGGAGACCCCAGCCCAGGCCACGGCAGCCUCGGUGGCCGAGUUGGUGAGGAAGCUGUGCCUGGCUCAGACCAUGAACUUCGAGGCCUCGGAGCUGUUCCUGACGCUGGUGUCUGAGCUGCAGGGCCUGGCUGCCCCCGAGCUGGUGGAUCUCUGGCGCAGCUCAUCCUCGAGAUGUCCAGGCCACUGGCAGCCGCUGGUGGACGCCCUGCCCUCCUGUGGCACCGAGCCCUGCGUGCACCUCAUGACGGAGCUCAUCGCGGCCGGGGAGGUGGAGGCGGAGGAGGCAGAGGCGUGGCUCCGGUCGCUGGCCUUCAUCUCGCAGCCCACGGAUGCCAUGGUCCACGUGCUGCUGCCGCUGCUGCAGACCCCGGGGGCUGGCCCCAGCGCCUUCCUUGGUAUCUCAGCUCUGGUGCACAACCUCUGUGCUACCCUGGACGGGCCCUGCGGGCAGCUGCCUGGCGUCAGCUCUUUUGUGCGGAUCCUGGGAGAGGCCUUGGGUGCCAACUGUACCUUUACGGAACCUUUGGACACCAGCCAGCUGCAGGUCGUGCUGAAGGCCAUUGGCAACGCUGGCCUGGCAGCCGCAGCCCUCACGCCUGUGCUGAGCGCCUGCGCCUCCCUGUGGAGCGUCCGCCCCGAGCUCCGGCUGGCGGCCAUCCAGGCCUUCCGGAGGGUCCCCUGCUCGGCAGACCGCUCGGCGCUCUCCCGCCUGUACCGGGCCCCCGAGGAGGAUGCAGAGAUCCGAAUCACUGCCUACCUGGCCCUGAUGCGGUGUCCUGGGCCGGAGGUGUUUGCGCAGGUGCGGCGCACCCAGGCUGCCGAGCGGUCCACCCAGGUGGGCUCCUUCGUGUGGAGCCACCUCCUGCAGCUGCUGGAGACGGACGACCCCCUGAAGCAGGCGCUGCGUGACGCCCUCCCCGAGGACAUCGUCAGCCAGGAGCUCCGCCCCGAUGGCUGGAAGCACUCGUCCUACUCGGACGUCACCUUCCGCUCAGCGUCCGGCAGCCUGGGAGUCAACCUGGAGAGGAGCCUCCUCUUCUCGCCUUCGUCCUUCCUGCCGCGGGCCGCCACGGCCAACCUGACCAUCCACGCCCUAGGCCGUGCCUUCAACGUGCUGGAGCUGGGGCUCCGGCUGGAAGAUGCCGAGGACGUCGUCCGCAGGCUGUUUGGCCAGAAGCCAUCCUGGGAGCAGGAAGAGCAGAGAGAGGCCCAGCCGGAGAGUCCGCCGGGACCAGAGCCGGGGCCGACCACCAGGCCUGAGUGUCCGGGAGAGAGACCCAGAAGGAUGAGAGACGCACAGCAGAAGGUGGCCCAGAGGCGUGGGGCCCGGCAGGGGCUGCGGUGCGAGCUGAGCCUGAAGGUGCUUGGGCACGAGCUGACCUUGGUGAACUGCGGGGCCCUGGGGCGGCCGGCGGAGCAGCACCUGAGCCUGGCCGAGCUGGGGACCAAGCUCCUGCAGGGGCAGGAGGUGCACGUGACCCGGAGGUUGAGCCUGGCCCCGGCAGAGCUGGUCUUCCCUACCCUGUCUGGCCUCCCGGCCCGGCUCACCCUGAACGUCUCAGCCGCCGUCAGCAUCCGCGUCCGAGGAAGCGCCGUGUUCCGGCAGCGCGCGCAUCUCUCUCUGAGCGGCUACGUCAAGCCCAGCGUCCUGCUCCGGAUCUCAGCCCAGAUGGGCACUGCGGGCGCCCUGGGGCAGGCUGGGCUGAGGUGGGUGACCAGCAUCCGGGGCACUGCCGGCCUGGACGGUGGGAUCCAGGCGAGAAAGGGCCAGGACUUCAAGGUGCAUCUGAACGCGCCGGAGGAGACCACGGAGCUGUUCGGCUUCAGCUCUGAGCUGUAUCUCGUCGCUGGGGACGGCGUGCGGAGCCUCAGCCGCCAUCCCAGCCCGCCAGAGGCCCCGUCCUGUACCAGCGAGGAAGCAGCCCGCGCCUGGGGCUGGCAGCUGUGCACGGCAGUGACUUGGCCGGCGCCUGGCCUGCCCUACCUGCUCUCGGUGCCGGUGUUUGUGGCUGUGACGCUGAGGAAGCAGGACCGGGGCCUCCGACAGUAUGUUCUGGAAGCUGCCUCUACCCUCCACCCCCAGGACAGCUGGCUCCCGCAGGUGGCCGCCGCCCACCUCUACCUGGGCACGCCUGGCUCGGAAGUGCCGAGGGACGUUGGGGUGGACGUCAGCUACAGCUUGCCCGGGAGGCGGCUCCGGUUCAAACUCCUGCACCCCAGGAAGAAGAUGGAGCUGGAUGGCAAGAUGGAGGCCGUGGGGAGCACCCGCGUGGGUCACCUGGAGCUCGUGCUGGAUGACAGGGACGUCUACUACGUCAAGGGCUGGAGUGACCUGCGGCCAGCAGCUGAUGGCGGGGCCCGGCAACUGGAGGCCCAGCUGGAGGCGAAGCUGGUGACGGCCGGCAGCCCCGUGGUCGUCACGGGGAACCUCACGUGGCAGGCGGGCAGCAAGUUGGCCUUCUCGGCGUCGCUGAGCCACCUGCUGGGUGACCCAGCACAUGUGACAGUGCUGCUGGAGAAGAAGGUGGAAGCCGGGCUACAGGUGGCAGCCGUGAGAGGUGAGCUCCUGGCGCCGGGACUCCUGGGGUUGCACGUCCUGGGCCGGCUGCAGCAGCGGGGCCACCUCCGGAGCAGCACCCUAAGGAUCAGAUACGGCCUCCUGGGUCAGGCCGAGCGGCCAGCGCACGAGUGCAGCAGUAGCCAGAAGCUGCAGGUGCGGAGCAGCUCUGUGGCCAUGGCCGUGGCUGUGGCCGUGCUGGAGCUGGACCACGAGUUCCACUGCACGCAGAUCCCAGCCUUCAGCCACAAGGUCCAGCUGCGGCACCAGGAGGGCCCGGGCCACCUGCACUCACAGGUGGAGGUGAGCUAUGGGAAGCAGUGGAGUGACAGCAGCAAGAGGUGGCUGCGGCUCAGCCAGACCUUCAGGAAUGACUCGGGCCCGGCCCUGAGCAACUACUUCCUGGAGUUUGUGCUGCAGGUGCCCGCCAGGCAGCUGGAUGGCCGUGUGCAGCUCUCCCACUCCAGCCUGCGCCAGCCCCACGUGGACAGCAGCACCCACCUGAAGGUACAGCUCAACGGCCGGCUGCCCUUUGUGGCCGGCUGGCAGUGGACAGACACGUCCCGGGCCGCCCUGUGGAGGUGGGAAGGAGCCUGGAACCUGCAGAGUCCGUGGCUGGCUGUCUCUGCGGCUCACAGACUGUACUGGCCGCAGCGAGCCGUGUUCCAGUCGGCCCUGGAGCUGACGCUGGGCAAGGCCUGGACCCUCAAGGACCUGGUUGUCAGUGUGGCCUGCAGGAGCCAGGGUCGAGACCAGGAGGCCAAGAUCAAAGUCUCCACUGGGACCACCGUCCACCUCCGGGUUUCCACGGUGACAAGCUUGGCACCUAGCCUUUUCCGUAGCUGGAAUGAACUCGAGUCGGCCUGGGUUGGGGCAGUGCGGAGCGAGAUCCACGCCGAGGACAGCCGGGACCGGAAGCUCCUUCACUGCUGGGUGAAGGGCCCCCAGCGUGAGCUCAACAUCACGGCGGCCUACAGACACACGCGGGGGCCCCCAAAGACGCAGGUGUCGCUGGCAGCCCUGGGGCCUGGCGCUCGGGGCCUGCAGGUGGAGGGCGAGCUGGAGGAAGCACAGCACAGCAGGGAGGUCUACCAGAAGCGGGGGUCGCUGGGCCUCAGGCACUCCUGGCACCUGCCUGUCCCGCGGAGCCUCCUCGUGCAGGAGGUGUUCACGGUGGACGGGCGCCAGCAGCGCUGCUCCCUGGAGACCAGGCUCGUGCUGCACGGCCGGGAGGAGACGCUGCAGACCGUGGUCCUGGGCCGCCAGGCGGGACACCCCUAUGUCUGUGCGGGCCUGACCCACCCGUACGACGGUGCGGCCAUCCCCAGGGACCUGGAGGGCUGCGUGGUUACGUGGAGUCGGCACACGGCUAAGAACAAGGAGGUCGAGGCCACCGUCCAGGUGCACCGGAAGGUCGUGUUGCACGUGAAGGGUUUGCUCCACGACGGAUCUGAGCACGAGGAAAUCCGGCGCAGCCUGGCCUUGGACGUGGCCCAGUCCUACCAGCCGAAGCUCCCCCGGGCCCUCAGCUUGAAUGGGGACGUGGUUUACCGAUGGAGGCCCCCAGGAGCGUUCAACUUCAGCUUCGGAGCACAAGCUGCUGUCAACCACAGCGCCGCGUCCCAGCAGGUGUCCGUCCGGCUGACUGGGUCUGACUCCCACUGCACAGCUGUCUUCCAGCUCAGCCGUGCCCAGGUCCCCGCGGCUCCUGCAGACUUAGAGGUGCAGGCGGCUGCCGGGCGCCCCAGGGAGCGCAGCCUCAACGUGUCCCUGGCCGUGCACACGUCGGGCCACGAGCUGCUUCUGCUGGAGGCCGCCGGGAGCUUGGCCGCUUGGAGAAGCGGCCGGGGCGGGGACGUGGCCAUCCUCCUGCGCCAGGCGGCGCUCAGAGCACCCAGGGCCGUGCAGCUACAGCUGUCUGGCAGAAUCGCCCCCACAAGGAUCUGGCUGCUUUCCAGGGCUCUGCUGGACCAGGACACGGCGCAGCUGCUGCUCCGGGCAUCGGAGGACCCGCGGGGAGGCCGCGUCCUGACGCUGCGGGGCCAAGCCCAGCGCACCGGGGCUGGCUGGGCGGCGCGGCCCCACCUGCUGGGGCUCCAGGGCUCGCUGAAGUGGAAGGAGACAGUCCGCGAGGGUAGCAUCGCGGUCACUGCCGACUCGGCUGCGUUGAGCUUCCUCCUGCGGGACAAGCGUGGCACGGCAGGGAACAGCGCCAGUGUGCGCAGCGUCGCCUGCGUCUUCAGCCAGAACAGCAGCCAGGCCUGGCCAGGAGAGGUCCGGCUGAGAGGGCGGCUGCGGGCCCAGACCGAGGGCCUCUGGGGCCAGGCCAGCGUCCGAGCCGACAGGGUCCGCCUGGCCGUGGGUGGGGCCUGUACCUGGGGCCCUGGGCGUGGCCUGAGAUACAACGUGAGCACGCUGAGAGACACAGGACACCCCUCGGAGGCUGGGCUGCUUCUGUCGCUCACUCACGUGGCUUGCAACGGCUCUGUGCACCUGGCACUCCGGAGCCCGCGGGGUCGGCCAGAUGCCGGUUUGGAUCCCGAGGAGCCCGCCUCUGGCUCCCCAGGUCCCCGGCGCUGGGGCCUCUCCUUCUCUGUGGAUGGCCACGGUCACUUCCAGAGCGUGGGACACCGUCUAGGAGCCGGGCUGGCUGUGGACCUGGACGGCAAGCAACUUCACGCGGCCCUGGAGAGGACGAUGGAGAAUGGCAGUCAGGGACUGGCCCUCAGGCUGCACCGGGGCCUCUGCGGGCUGCUGGGCGCCCUGCCUGCCCGGCUGCAGGUCAGCUGCAGCGGAGAGGCCGUGCCCACCAGGCUGUGGGGGCUGUGCCACGGGGCUGUUGCCGGGCAGCCCCUCGAGAUCUCCGUGGACCUUCGCGACGGCGGCUCUGGCUUUGAGCAUUCCGGGUGCCUCGCCGUGGGGCCCGCGUCUCUCAACCUCUCUGUGAGUGGCAGUUCCCACAACGGGCGCCUGCAGCUCUCCGGCCGGAGCCGGCACAACAGCGAGACCCUGCUGCGGGCCGGCUUCCCGGGCGAGGCCCGCCUGGCUGCUGAGCUGCAGGUGCAUGAGACCCAGACGUUGGCCACUGUGGCCCUCCGUGGUGGCAGCGACGGCGAGGUCAUCGUAGACGCGGCAGCCCUGGCGGCUCGGCCACAGGGGGGCGCGCUGGAGCUGGCAGUGAAUGCCAGCCACACGGUGCCCGUCCUGCAGAGGCUGGGCCUGCCCCGCGCCAGCCAGCUGCUGUUCCGGGGCCUCUGGGCCGCCGAGGAGCUGAGCGCCUCCCUGCGGCUGACCUGCGAUGCUCACGCCUGUGUGGGCCUCGAGGCCCGGGGCCAGAACCGCGCGGUGAGCAAAGAGCUGGCGCUGUCCGGUUGGCACCGCCUCCCUGCCCUCCUGGGCCUCUGCCCCAGCGCGGCCUCCGCCACAGCCAAGCUGCGGGGCGCCGAGGGCGCAGCCGAGGCCACCCUCGGCAUCGGCGUGGAGGAGCGCCGCUUCCACGUCAGCGGCAGGCUGGAGGCCACGAGGGCCACCGUCGCCAGCACCGUCAGCCUGGAGCAGACCUUCCCCCAGCUCCAGGUCCUCCCAGGGGAGCUGGUGCUGCAGACCACCUACCAGCGAGCCCAGGGCACCCACACCCUGCGCCAGACGCUGCUGUGGGAUGGCCAGCAGGUGGCGCUCAGCGGGAGCCUCUCCGGGCCCUUCCUGGAGCCCACCAGGAACCUCAGCUUGCAGGUGGAGCUUGUCCACCCGCUGCCGCUCCCCCUGCCCCGGCACUGCAGCCUCCGCCUGUCCUCCGAGCGCCCAGGCGCCGGCCGCUGGGACCGCCUGGUUGUCGGCUGGGAUGGCAGGGAGCAGGUGCUGGUCUCCUCCUCUCUGUGGCUGGGGCGCGACCAGCUGGCCGCCCGCCUGGACCUGGCUCACCCCUUCAACCUCACCUGGCAGCAAGUGGGGCUCGGGGGCCUGGCCGAGAGCAGGGGCGGCAGGCAGAGCCGGCAGGUGCAGCUAACCUGGAACGGAGGGCCGCCCGUGACCCUGCAGCUCACCUGGGCCAACAGGUCCUCCACACACAGCACGGCCUGGGCUGGCUGUCUGGCCGCCUCCCCGGGACAGCUCCGGCAAGCCUGGGGCCUGAGCUUCCUCCGGGCCUGCGGGGCCCUAACGCAGACCCCAGCUGUGGUUAGCGAGUGGCUCCAGCUGGCCUGGGGCCAGACUCGGGUGCAGCAGAACGUGACCUGUGAGGUGCCCCGGCCAUCCGGGGCGGGCACGAUCCGCAUCGAGGCCGGGCUGCAGCGCGCGCUCACCGCCCCCUGCGCCGAGCCCAGCUUCUGGGGAGGUGCGGGGAUUGGCUCCCCGCCUCCGCCACUCCCGGACCCGCCUGCGAUGCACCCGCCUGUUCCUCACCUGGACACUGGUCUGGGGUGGGAGGGGGCCUGCGCAGGCCCGGGGGAGGGAGAGCCGAGGCGACCUUGGCAGCUCCCGGACUGCCUGGGGAGCGGAGCCUGUGCUGUCUUAGCUGCGUGUCGGCUGCCACGUGGGCAGCGGGGAGCUGCACUCCUGGCGGGAGGGACAAGGGCAGUGCGAGCCCCGCCCCCCCCUCCUGACCCCCGACCCCCAACCGUCUCCCUGCAGCUCACCCUGGACCACGCUGGGCUGCCCCUGGGUUCCCCCUGCCAGCGAGGCCUCACCCCAGACCCUGACCGCGGCCUGCAGCUCAGCCUGACCCUCCGCAACCGCAGCGGGCCCCACUCGCCCGACUUCUCCGGGGACCUGGAGCUGCGAGGCCCCCGGGCUCAGUGGGCAGGCCUGCACGGCCGCAUCUCUGCCUCGGCUGCCGGGAGCCUGGUCAUGCUGGAGGGAACCACGGGUGGCAGAACAGAGCACGUGAGGCUGUCCGCGGCCACAUCCCACGCCCCGCGCUGUCUGCAGGUCUCCGUGGCCCACGAGGAGGGGAGCAGAGACGAGAGCGUGGUGCUGCGGGCGUGCGCCCACCGGCGGGCGGUGGAGGCGGAGGCGCGGCUCCAGGAUGGCGGGCGGCUGCAGCCCCUGGGCCGCCUGACCCUGCAGGCUGCCAACCAAAGUCUCCUCUUGGCGGCGCGUGGCUGCCCGGGGGCCCUGCUGGGCCAUGUGGAGUCCAGGAUUGCCGCGGUUGGAUCCCGGGUGCGGGCCCAGCUGGAGGAGAGGGUCCGAGGCUUGGCUGCUUACUUGAGAAGGUUCCAGCCCCCGGCGCGGCCGGCGAGGGCCCUGGGCGGCGUGCCAGGCCUCCUGCUGCAGCUGUCGCGGGCGGGGCUGGAGGCGGUGCAGGUGAGCGGUCAGGUGGCAGCGGACUUGUGGGGUCGGAGCCAGGCCAGGCGGGCGCUGACGCAGGCCCUGCCCCUCUACCUGGAGCGGCUGCAGGCAGCGCUGGACCAGCUGCGGCAGGAGCUGGACCGCCCCCUGGCCACGCUGAGAGACGCCUACCUGGAGGUGACGCUGCGGCCCCUGGACGAGGUGUGGCGGGAGCGGGCCGAGGAGGCUGUGCAGCACCUGCGGGCCUGGGUGCCAGGGCCCAUUGAGGCGGCCUUGGGGGCCGUGAAGGGCGCCCUGGAGCUGGCCGGCCAGCAGAGCCUGACGUGGGCCGAGGCCACCGUCUCCCGGGCACUGAGGCGGCUGUGCAGCCCCCUGCUGCACCUCUACAGCUUCUCAGCCAGGAACUUCUCCGUGCUGGUGACCGUGCCACUGCUGCCUGUGGGGGACGAGCCCUGGGACGCGGCCCGGGUGGCCAGCUACCUGGUGGAGGAGAAGCUGCUGCGGCCGCUCCGAGCGCUGUACGGGGCCAACGUGCCGGCCGCCUUCUACGGGCUGCGCCGCCGCCUGCUGGGGAGUCCCUCCGAGUACCAUGCCGUGGUGGCCGGGGCCCGACACGUGGUGACCUUCGACGGCUGGGUAUGGGGUCUCCGUGCCCGCUGCGGCAGCCUCGUGCUGGCCCAGGACUCGGCUCACCACAUGUUCCUCCUGACGCUGAGCUGGGAUGGCUCCGGGCUCCCGGCCCUGUCCGUGGAGCUGCAGAACACGACCCUCACUGUCUACCCGACUCUGAAGACCUACAGCCUCUACCACCCCUCGCUGCCUGGGGGGAGCUGUCCCGACCCGGCUCUGCCUCCUGCCACGAGGGGGCGCAUCGGCCCCCGGAUCGAGCUGAGCGAGGAUGGCGUCUCCGUCUCCUGUGACCUGCAAGCCAGCCUCUGCAGCCUGACACUGGGCCUCUGGCACCACGGUGCCUCCACAGGCCUUCUGGGCACCAACAACAAUGAGGCCGGUGAUGAGCUGACGCUGCCCGACGGCACCACGGCCAGCAGCCUGGAGGAGCUCACACGUGCCUGGCAGAUGGGUGGGGACUGCGAGACCCCAGAGAAGACACAGCCGGAGUGCUCGGGCCAGAGCCCCACCUGCCAGGCCUUCUUCCAGGACUCCAGGUCCAGUCUGGGGAACUGCUUUCAGGUGGUGGACCCCACUCCCUUCCUGAGCCUGUGCCUCCAGGAAUCCUGUGGCCCCCAGGAAUGCCACGCUGCCUGCACCCUGGCGGCCGCCUACGUCCAUCUGUGCGCCCGGGGCUCUGUGCCCCUCGACCCGCUUCCCCAGUGCGGCACGAGUCCUUGGGCCCCUGCACCCACGUGCAAGACCUGGAAGAAGCUCCAGGCUUUUGGCUUUGGCCUGGCCCUUGUGACCAUCUGGAAAAUGAACCAGAUGAUGGUGAGAGUCUGACACAGCCAGCCCACCACGGAUUUCAAGCCAGCUCAGUGUUCUUGCCUCGGAGGGCACCACCAGCACGAGGCGCCAGAAAAAUCGCACUUGCUCAGAUGCGAGAGCAGAUGUUGGCCAACUUGAAGACGCUCUAGGGGGGGAGGGAAGGGGGUGGGGAACGAAGUCUCCACCUGGUCUGGGCGCGCCCUGCCUCUGCCCGCCAGCAUCUGCUCCCGCCGGCCCAGCAGCUACGUGGAGGGAGAGACACGCGAAGUGGGGCUCCCCCAGCGGCUCGGGGCUGGCUUGCCCUGCUGGCUCCAGGGGUCUCCUGAGGCCUGAGCUUCCUUAAGGGGAACUGAUGGCCCCAAGCCCCUUCAUCAGGAGCCUGAAUGGGGAGCGGCCCCCUGGGGUGGACGCAUGGGGGCUGAAGGUUUCUGGGGACACAUGGUGUGGGUACCUAGCAGCUCAGGCCUGGGAUACAGCACUCAGUUUUACAGUUUCUUCCAAGAGGCAAGCUUUUCCCUUGAGUUUUCAACCAAAAAAUAAAGCUGUCAGGAUCCGAGAA